AUGAGUGACAGCGAGGCAGGAGCAGCAGCAGCAGCAGCAGGGAUGGCUCACAGCUUCACUCAGGAGUAUUUUCAGAUCCCUGUGGUGACCCGAGCGUACACGACCGCCUGCGUCCUCACCACCGCUGCUGUGCAACUUGAGUUUAUCAGCCCGUUUCAGCUCUACUUCAACCCAGAGCUCAUCAUCAGGAGAUACCAGCUAUGGCGCCUGAUAACCAGCUUCCUGUUCUUCGGUUCUCUUGGAUUCAGUUUCGUGUUCAACAUCAUUUUUCUCUAUCGGUACUGCCGGAUGCUGGAGGAAGGCUGUUUCCGGGGCAGGACGGCGGACUUUGUUUUCAUGUUCCUGUUUGGAGGAAUCGUGAUCACUCUCUUCGGUCUGUUCGUCAACAUCUUCUUCCUGGGUCAGGCCUUCAUCAUCAUGCUGGUGUACGUGUGGAGUAGAAGACAUCCGCUCAUACGCAUGAACUUCUUCGGCCUCCUGAACUUUCAGGCCCCGUUUCUGCCCUGGGUGCUGAUGGGAUUUUCGCUGCUGCUCGGAAACUCCAUCGUGGUCGACCUGCUCGGUAUCAGUGUUGGACACAUGUACUAUUUCCUGGAAGACGUGUUUCCAAACCAGCCGGGAGGACGGAAGCUGCUGAUGACACCAGAACUUCUACGAGCCAUGUUUGAUCGGCCAGAGGACCCAGACUACCGUCCCCUCCUGGAGGAGGAGGAGCAGGGUGGAGAUCUGCAGCCGAACGAGGAGCAACAGAACUACGAGCCCAGAGAGCUGUGAAAACUCCGCCAGUCAGACCGAGACAGGACUGUAAAGAUGCAGGGACUGAAUAUUUAGCUUUGUGCAGCAUAACAGCA